AUGAAGACUGCAAGGGAGGUACCUUUUCAGGUAUAUUUCUACGAGACGCCGGGCCUCGCAGGCGCCAUCCGUCCCUUAACCCACGUCAACCCGAACACCACCUCGGCAGUUGACCCACCAGCCGUUGCGCCCCUGCAGGCACUAUCCGACCCCCAGAGAGCUCCUGCACACCAGCCUGAGGCCUGUGUGACCUUUUCCCGCUGCCGGCUACCGGCCCAUCCGAACCUGAUCCUGGAGCAGGACGAGUUUUUCGUCGUGUACGAGCUGACCGAGACGGACCGGACUGUCAUCUUUGGGCGCUACGGGGGCUUUUGGUGCUUUCAUAACCUCGUCAUACUGGGCAGGGUCUCGAUCGACUACCUGGGAGAUAUCCAUUGCCCCACCCGCAUGACGUUCUUGUCGUACGGUUACCAGGUCGACAAGGCAUCUCGGCGGCCUGACGGGGUUUUGCGCUCGUUUUAG